AUGAAUGGAGCUGUGGAAGCCGCCAACAAAAACGUCACGAAAAUCCUCAGAAAGAUGAUUGAUAACUACAAAGACUGGUAUGAACAACUGCCAUAUGCAUUACUGGGAUAUCGCACCACUGCCAGAACUUCAACUGUGGCCACUCCGUACCUGUUGGUGUAUGGCACUGAAGUAGUAAUACCAGCGAAAGCAGAAAUCCCUUCACUUCGAAUAAUGCAAGAAGCUGAGUUCGACGAUGUGGAAUGUAUCCAUAAGAGUUAUGAGCAACUUUCCUUGAAAGAUGAAAAGCGAAUGAUUGUUGUUUGUCAUGGUCAAUUGUACCAACAAAGAAUGACGCUGGCUUUUAACAAGAAUGUGAUAACUAGGGUUUUUCAAAUCGGGCAAUUGGUGCUCAAACGCAUAUUUCCUAAUCAAGAAGAAUACAAAGGAAAGUUCGCACCAAACUGGCAAGGCCCCUAUAUUGUGAGAAAAGUACUAUCUGGAGGAGCCGCAGAUAAUAACAACAGGCCAAGUGAAGAAGUAACGUCAAGGAAUAGCAGCGCAAAAGAGUGUACGAAAGAGGCUAGUAGUCAUCAUGAAAGGAAUAUGAUACUGCACUCUGAUGUGCUGUCUACAUUUAGGUAUUUUUGA